AUGGCCAGUCCCCAAGAAAAACCAUUAGCACCCAUUAGCGAAAGUUCGCCCAUAGCAGAAAACCAUUGCAAUGAAGAUUACGAAAAGGCAGUCACGUUCUCUGGUUGUUGUUGUUUCCAUGGACUUUGCUGGAAAAGAAACAACAAUCAUGGAUAUCUAUUGUCUAAACAAGAAGAGAUAAAAGAUAUUUGGUUUGUGGAAAAAGCAAGAAAACUGAAGGAAAUUUCAGAGGCUUUGGCAGGACCAAAGUGGAAGAAUUUUAUUCGCUGGCAUGGAUUCAACAAGAAAAGAAGGAUGAAAUAUCAAUAUGAUCCUCAUAGUUAUGCACUUAAUUUUGAUGAUGGGAUUGAUAAAGAAGUUGAAGUUUCAUAUCCUGAUUUUUCAGCUAGAUUUGCGACUCCAUUUGGGUUGUACGAAGCAGAAAUGUGA